CGUGUUAGAAAUGAUUAUUAGCUCUGUCGUCGUGCGUUGAAAGUAUUUUAGCUUAUUUGGACAUUAUUUUCUGAGUGUUUAUCCAACAACUCCUGUCGGAAUACUGAACGCAGUUUAAGAAAAAUGUCUAAAGUAAAGAAGAAGCUGGGGAAGAAAAGGAGGCAUCGCAACAACAGAGACCAAGAAAUAGAUUCAGACGAUGGAGAAUUUGAAUGUGUUGCCGAAAUGGAAGAAGACGGCAAUUGUUGCAGGAAGUUGCCUCGUUUCCCUGCCUCCUCAGACUGUCUGUCAGAUGUGGAGCCUGACACCAGAGAAAUGGUUAGAGCCCAGAACAAAAAGAAAAAGAAAUCUGGAGGCUUUCAGUCCAUGGGUCUCAGUUACCCAGUUUUUAAAGGAGUUAUGAAAAAGGGUUACAAAGUUCCUACUCCAAUCCAACGGAAGACAAUUCCAAUGAUUUUAGAUGGCAAAGAUGUAGUUGCCAUGGCCAGGACUGGCAGUGGCAAGACAGCUGCCUUCCUGGUACCCAUGUUUGAGAAAUUGAAGGCUCCCCGGGCCCAAACAGGAGCCAGAGCCCUCAUCAUGACCCCCACCAGAGAACUGGCCUUGCAGACCAUGAAGUUCACCAAAGAGUUGGGCAAAUAUACUGGCCUCAAGACUGCUUUGAUUCUUGGUGGAGACAGAAUGGAUGAUCAGUUUGCUGCUCUUCAUGAAAACCCAGACAUAAUUAUUGGUACCCCUGGACGUCUCAUGCAUGUUGUCAAGGAGAUGAACCUGAAACUACUAAGUGUAGAGUAUGUGGUAUUUGAUGAGGCUGACAGACUAUUUGAAAUGGGCUUUGCUGAACAGCUCCAGGAGAUCAUUCAGAGGCUUCCAGACACCAAGCAGACCGUGCUAUUUUCUGCCACAUUGCCAAAACUACUGGUGGAGUUUGCCAGAGCUGGGCUGACUGAACCAGUUCUUAUUCGUCUGGAUGUAGACAGUAAGCUUAGUGACCUGCUGAAGCUGUCUUUUUUCUAUCUACGUACGGAUGACAAGCCAGCACUUUUGCUUCACCUUCUGAGGAAUGUAGUAAAGCCCCAGGAGCAGACAGUGGUCUUUGCUGCUACCAAACACCAUGUAGAGUACCUUAAAGAGCUGCUGUCAUCUGAAGGCGUUGAGUGUGCGUACAUUUACAGUGCCUUAGACCAGACUGCCAGGAAGAUCAAUAUAGGAAAAUUUGUCCACCGAAAGGCGAUGGUGCUGAUUGUAACAGAUGUUGCUGCUCGUGGUAUAGACAUCCCACUGUUGGACAAUGUCAUCAACUUUAACUUUCCUUCAAAAGCGAAGCUCUUCUUGCACAGAGUUGGUCGUGUGGCACGUGCAGGGCGCAGUGGUACAUCUUACAGUCUGGUGUGUCCAGAUGAAGUGCCUUUUGUCUAUGACCUACACCUCUUUCUUGGGAGGCCCCUUCAGCUGGCAACACCAGAACACACACCAGAUUCAGAUGGUGUGUUUGGCCGUGUCCCUCAGAGUAUCCUGGAUGAUGAAGAUUCCCAACUAAUCACAGCCCAUGAAAACUCAAUGGACCUACAAAACCUACGUCAUGUCUCAGAGAACGGUUACAAGCAGUACCUCAAGUCCAGACCAAGCCCCUCACCAGAAUCUAUCAAGAGGGUCAAAAACACAGAUCUGUCCAACAUAGCUGUCCACCCGCUACUAGGAUCAGGAUUAGAGAAAAUGGAACUAGAACGCCUCCAAAUAGUUGAUGCCAUCAAGGGCUACAAAUCUAAAUCCACGAUCUUUGAGAUAAACUCCAACUGUAAGACCCCAGCCAGUGAGGUAAUGCGGGCUAAGCGUUUGAAGGACGUGCGGCUGGUAGACAAGUUUAACAAGCACAAAGAUGAUGUGGUUGCAGAGACCAGGCUGCAGCAAGCCCUCGUCCCUAUCGUCCACUACAAUCAGACUUCCACACAUGCCACAGGUGUGGACACAGAGGAGAAGGAUGCAUUAAACGGUGUAUUUAGCCAUAUUGUGGGUGGUAAAAAGCUGCAGGGGGACGGUGAUGCAGAACGGCCAAAAGCCAAGAAGAGCAGACAGACAGUCAAAGAUGAGGAGUUCUAUAUCCCAUACAGACCCAAAGACUUCAACUCCGAGAGAGGGUUAAGUCUGGGUGGAGAGGGCAAUGUGUUUGAACAGCAAGCCUCCACAGCUGUCCUGGACCUGAUGGGAGAUGAGGGAGACCGACUCAACCAACACAAAUCAAUUAUGAAAUGGGAUCGCAAAAGGAAGCGCUUCAUCAGAGAGACGGGGAAGGCAGACCAGAAAAAGAAGAUAAGAACAGAUAGUGGCCAGGUGGUCAGCAACAAAAAUAGGAAGAACUUCUAUGAGGAGUGGAAGAAAAAGUACAGGAUGGAUGAUGGAGACUCUGAUGGAGAGACAGAAGCAGGAGGACCCGGGAGAAAGGCUGCAAGAGGUCGUGGGCGAGGUCGACGAGGCUCUCAGUUCCAGGGCAGAGCAGGGUCACUGCAAAAACAAGAUGGCAAGAAAUUGCGGUCAGAGUUGAAGACGGGUGCAGAGAUCUUGAAGCAGCGCAAGAAAAACCAGAAGCAGCAGUUCCUACAGAGUGGAGGCCUCCAAAGGCUCCGUGGCAAGGCCAAACAGCGUUUCAAUGACAUGAAGAAGUCUGGCUUUGGACGAAGCAGUCAAAAGAAGGGCAAGAUGAGGAAGAAAAUGUGAUUGAUAAGAAGAGCGAGAAAAUCUAAUUGUAAACCAGUGAAAACUGAGGGAAUUAUUGAAUUUUGAAACAUCACAUUACUUUCCUCGGUCUGCCUUGACAGUUGUACAGUAAAUGGUAAAUGGACUGCAUUUACACAGCACUUUUCUAGUCUGCCGACUGCUCAAACCGCUUUACAGUGUGUGUCUCACAUUCACACACAGUCAUACACUGAUGGCGGAGGCUGUCAUGCAAGGCGCCAACCUACUUAUUAGGAGCAGUUGGAGGUUUCAGUGUCUUGCUCAAUGACACUUCGACACCCUCUCUGGAGGAGCAGGGUAUCGAACCAACGACGACCCGCUCUACCUGCUGAGCCAUGCUGCCUUGUUACCGCACAUCCUGUGUCUACUUCAAACUACAUACAGUAGAUAUAAAAUUUAUACACACCUGUUAAAAUGGCAGAUAAAUAGGUAGUAGUGAGCUUCAUGUUUGACAGUGCGGCAGUUAAGAACAAUCCAAGUGUUGUGUGUUGCAUCCAAAUCAUAUUUGAUGUGCACAUUAUUGAUGUGACUAAGACCCCUUUUUACCUGUGAUCUGCAAAUGUAUCAAUCUGAAUUUUCCAAGGGUUUAAUAAAAAGAUUUGUAUUCAUACACGUGUUAAUUCAUUUUAAUUAAUUGCAGCUAAAGUGAAUGAGGAUAAACAAGAGCUUCACUGAAAGUCAGUGCUGUAAUUACGCAGCAGAUGAUUUGUUUAAAAUUUGCUGGUGUUGUAUGCUACAACAGUAAUCAAUCUAUUCGUAUAACAUUUAAGGCACGCUAGAAUGCAAUGUGCUUUACAAAAAGUCAAGCUCAUAUGGAGGGGUAAAACUCACAAAUAUAUAUAUAUAUAUAUAUGUGUGUGUGUGUGUGUGUACAUAAAAACAUAUUAAUUCAGUGUGAAAUUUGAUACCUGUUAAUUAUUGAAAUACUUUUUUGAAACAUUACAAUAACUCAUGAUGGAUAAAAUUUUUGUAUGCCAUCAUUCUCAACACAAUCCCUGUCUGAUGCCUAAGCAUUUUAGUCUUGUUCUACUACUGCUGUGUAGGAACUUCUUACUAUUCAGACUGUUUUUGGGAUUAAUAAUACAUUUUUCCUGUCGUCUGUUGGCUGUCAGAGCUGCUGAAUAUAAUUUCAUACUGCAGUCAUCCAUUGUCUGCAGUUGUGAUCUAAUAAAAUUUUAA